UCACAAAAAAUUAUUUUACGAAAAAUGUUUCAAUCUCUAACGUACAGUUGAUGUAAAAAGUUUCAUCACUCAAAAUGGUGGGGAAAAUUAAAUCGAUUAAAAAAUUUUCACCGCAUUGAAACAAAAGUGCCCAUCUCUAACUGCUCAGAUUGAAAAUUCGAUCUCGUACCUGGCGGCCAGUCGCUCCGCGAAUCUGCUUUGCAGGAAUGGCUACCGGAACCCGGAUUGUGGAAAAUAAGGGAUUAUUUAUUAUUGAUGUUUUCAAAAUAUUGCAUCAAGGAUAAUCAGAUACGGCAUCAGAUGGAGGGGCAGUACUUUAUUACCACAACGAUAAACAUGACAAAAUUAGUAGCGGCGUCGGCAACGUCGGUAUCAGAAGUAGCAGAGUCCCAAACGCGACACUUGUGUCCAGAUCCACGUGCUGCGGGAGUGUUUUUAUUUUAGUCCCGAUUCGAAAAUGUCAGUGGGUCAUCAAGCGAAAAGGCAGGAAGAUGAGGAAGAAAGCGAUGCACCGGCACCCCCGGACGGGGGCUGGGGCUGGAUGGUGGUCUUUGGCUCUUUUAUGAUACACAUUAUCACUGAUGGGGUAACAUAUUCCUUUGGAGUUUUCUACGACGAAUUCUUAGAUUAUUUCCAAGAGGGAAAGGCAGCCACAGCGUGGGUUCUUUCCAUCCUAGUUGGUGUAACACUUUGUUCAGGUCCAAUUUCAAGUUCCUUUGUUAACCGAUGGGGCUGCCGUCCAGUGACCAUCGCCGGCGCCAUAAUCGGCAGCAUUUGCAUGAUAAUAUCCGUAUUUGCCCAAAACGUCACAACCCUCUACUUCACCAUCGGCAUAGGAACAGGCUUCGGUUUCGGCCUCAUCUACCUUCCAGCAAUAGUCAGCGUCACCACCUAUUUCGAAAAGAAACGCUCUCUUGCCACCGGCAUAGCAGUCUGUGGCUCAGGCUUUGGCACCUUCAUUUUCGCUCCUAUAAUAACCCGACUACUUGUGGAGUACGGCUGGAGGGGCGCCAUGUUAAUUAUAGCCGGCAUAGUCCUGGAAUGCAUUGUCUUCGGCGCCCUGUUCCGGCCUCUGGAGACCGAAGAAGACAAGAACUUGAAACCACCACCAAAAAUCACCCUCAAAUCGAUCGAAGCCAAAGUGGACUUGCACGUGUCCGAACACAACUUGCAGCAGAUUUCGACAAUGAACGGAAACGGGGAAAUACACAGACCGCACAGUUUGGGCCACUUUUCCAUGCCGCGAGGCACCAAACUCCUGGAGCCCAGCAAGAACAUAUCCAAUGGGAAGACGUACGAGGCGUCCAGACUUGCCCUAAGCCAGCCGAUGCUGGCCCUGGCCGACAGGCCCUUCCAGCACCGGUACGGGAGCCAGAAUUUGCGGAAACAUGGGCCUUUGGACAAGCCGGAUGUGUUCUACCAGGGCAGUUUAAUGAACAUACCGUCGUACAGGUCGCGGCUUGAUUUGAAAAAUCGGGAAGAAAUGGCUUUUCUGGGCCGACGACAGUCGUCAAUUAGUUACAGGAGGCGACAUGUGGACACUAACAAGUCGCAAACGACAAUGUGUGGGUGCAUUCCCUGCUCGCAAGAAACCAAAGACACGCUGAAGGAGAUGCUAGACUUUAGCCUUUUCCACGACUGGAUUUUCAUUCUCUUCAUCACGAGCAAUUUUCUGACGAGCAUUGGCUUUAAUAUACCGUACGUUUACAUCGUGCCGAAGGCCAAAUCGAUGAACUUGUCGGCGAAAGAAGCGAGCAUGUUGCUGUCCAUUAUCGGGUUUGCUAACACGAUUGGGAGGAUCGUUUUGGGGUACUUUUCCGAUAAGGCUUGGGUUAAUCGCCUUAUGGUUUACAACUGGUGCCUAACACUUUGUGGAAUAGCCACGACUUUUAGUGCCUUUUGUCCCACGUUCUACACUUUGGCACUAUUUGCCAGUGUGUUUGGUUUUACGAUUGGAGCGUACGUUGGACUCACGUCUGUUAUCCUGGUCGAUUUGCUAGGACUCGAGCGACUUACGAAUGCCUUCGGGCUUUUGCUUUUAUUUCAAGGGAUUGCUUCGCUUAUUGGACCCCCCAUGGCAGGUGCCUUGUAUGAUGCAACGCUUUCGUACGAUCCCGGAUUCUAUCUGUCUGGAAUUACGAUUUCUCUCAGUGGGGUCAUCCUGUUCUUCAUUCCUCCAAUCCAGCGGUGUAAAGACAGAAAGCAGGAACGGAAUCCCACUGAUAUAUAGCAAUUACUGAGGCCUCACUUUGAGGAGGAUUUUAGAUGUUAUAAUACUAUUUAAUUUUUUUUAUUACAUAUCAGUCAGUCUAGACUGGAUUUGAUGUGCCAUAAUUGUCUGCAAUGCAGAUCGAUACAGUGUAAGAGUUGAUUCCGGAUAAGUGUUCAGUGAUUUCAGGAAAAUAGUGUGAUUGACAUUAAUGUUAUGUGGAUGCAUGUGGUGCGAACAUUUUUAUAAUUUAAAACUUGUUAUAUCCAUUUACGCUAGUGUAAAUAUUGUAAAUAAUUAAAACAUCGGAGACCAAAUACAUUUUAAAACUUAAGUUUAACACUUUGAAAAUUUUUCAAUUUCUUAUUUUCACUAUUAUUUUACCUAUUUUUGCAUUUCUGCAUUUUUUUCAAAAACUAUUAGUCUCAGGACAAUGUAAUCUUUAAAAAAAAAGCUGUCUAAACAUCAUAAACUUAAUGAGGUUACAUCUAAUCGACCAAAUCGGAAAAAUAAAUCUUUUUAAAGCAAA